CGCAGUUGGGCCCCGUUGAAUUUCGAAUCUUGGCGCCGCUACUUGGAGAAGCCGCUGCCUUGUCUUGUCCGCAUUCGGGCAGUUGAACGUCGUGGCGUUGAGAGGCAGCGCCUCUGAAUAUUUGGAACCAUGGGAGUAACUAACCUGUGGCAGAUCCUGGAACCUGUCAAGCAGCAUGCCCCUCUCUGCAGUCUUAAAGGAAAAACAUUAGCUGUUGACUUAAGUCUCUGGGUGUGUGAAGCACAGUCGGUUAAGAAGAUGGUGGGAGUAGUCACAAAGCCACACCUUAGGAAUCUUUACUGUCGUGUCUCUUCUUUAACACUAAUGGGGAUCCAUCUGGUGUUUGUCAUGGAGGGUGACCUCCCCAAACUGAAAAGCAGCACAGUGCAGAAGAGAAUAGAGGCUCGCUUUGGGCCGUUGAGAAAGCCUGCGAUCGCAAAAAAAGGGAGAUCCCGUUUCAAGUCUAUUUUGAAAGAGUGCCUUGAACUGCUGGAGUGCUUGGGAAUCCCAUGGAUUCAAGCAGCUGGAGAAGCGGAGGCAAUGUGCGCUUACCUGAAUGCAAAUGGCUACGUGGAUGGGUGCAUCACCAAUGACGGAGAUAUCUUCCUUUAUGGCGCUCAAACGGUGUAUCGAAAUUUUACCAUGAACAUCAAGGACCCACAUGUUGACUGCUACUUGAUAGCUGAUAUUGAAGAGAAACUAGGCUGCAGCCGAGAAUCUCUGAUUGGAUUAGCAAUUCUGCUUGGCUGUGAUUAUCUUCCUAAGGGUGUUCCUGGAGUAGGAAAAGAGCAAGCUUUAAAGUUGAUCAAAAUUUUGAAAGGACAGAGCUUACUGCAAAGAUUUGAGUCCUGGAAAGACCAUUUCCAACUGGGUGAAGUCCCAGUAUCAACACUUAAAAAACCACCUCACUGUUCUGUGUGCCAUCAUCCAGGUUUUUAUAAAGAUCAUGAGGACAUGGGAUGUCAUAUCUGUGGCAGUGUGGGAUAUUGUGAGCCCCAGGGUGCUAACUACAGCUGCCCCUGUGACUGGCACUCUUCUGAGUCACAGCAGCAACAGAGCUUAGUGGAGGAAGGUAUAAAAAAAAAAGCCAAGGCAUGUGAAGGUUUUCCCUUUCCUGAGGUUAUCCACGAAUAUCUCAUCAGCAAAGACAAACCAGUGAAGUUGAACGGGUGCCAAAGGCCAAAUUUAUUAUCUUUUCAAAGGUUUGCUGUCAAGAAAAUGAACUGGACCGAGCAGUACGCCUGUGAGAAAUUGUGUAGCCUUCUGACUUACUAUGACAUGAACAGAAAGAAGUGUGGCCAUACUGAUCCGAAGCAGCUGCAGGCCCUGCGGAUAAUCAAGACACGGAUUAGAAAUGGAAUUCCUUGUUUUGAAAUUGCAUGGCAGAAGCCAGAUCAUUACUCCGCUGUAACUGAGGAUCAACCUGAAAAUCCCUUUCUAAUAACAACAGAAGAGUCCACGCUCUUUGAGGCUGCCUAUCCAGAAGUGGUUGCUUUGUAUCAAAUGGAGAAGUUGAAAAUUGGCAAAGACAAAAAGAAAAGUAAAAAGAAAAAUAACGUGAAAAAAGGCUUAGCAGGAGACAGCAAAGUAGAAGAUACUUUUUCUGACCUGAAUUUGCAACCAGCAUGUGAAAACAUUCUCAGCCAAGAUUCAAAAUCUGAUUUGAGGCCUGUUUUUGAUCUGCAAAAAUUUCCAAAAACGAGCUGCGAAUCUCUGCGUUUUUCAGACUCUGCAGAUUUUUCUACUGCAUUAGGAAAGCCAAGAAACUUCUUUUUUGCUUCACAAAAUCCAGAAAAUGAAUUACUUGUUAAGGAGCCUAUGGCUUCUUCUGCGAAUACUGAUCUGCACCUGAGUGGCAUUGACUGGGAAGGGACAUCCUUCAGCAUUUCCCCAAGAAAUGUUAAUCUUCCUUGGUAUUCAGAAUCUGACUCUGGCAUAUGCAAUAAUUCUUUAAAGCAGUGCUCUCCACCAUACAGUAAAGCAGCCAAAAUCCUCACGCAGCAUUCAGAUUCUGCAGAACCCAACCCCAAUCUGAUCACUGGUGUAGAUUACUCUGUCUCAAAAACAGGCUUUCCUAAAGAGAAGAAUGCUUUGUCUUUAAAAGAUCGAGCCACUAUGGAAAGUUUAGAAGCUUUUCCCAAAGCUAAAAGUGUGCCUUUGUUAAACGCCGCCAUACAAUUGCAAGAACAAAUAAAGAGAACUUCUAACCCUGGAGGGGAAUUUUCAUCUCCUGACAGCAUUCAGGAAAUUGAAAAUGUGAUGUUACUAGAAAAACAUCUGCGGGGGCUAAGCUUAGAGAGCUAUAGAGAAGAUCUCCAAAGUUAUAAGGACCCACCAACUGCAGCAGAUAAAGUCAAGGAUUCAGGAAGUUCUUUGAGGCUGUGUACUGAAGUGCUAAAAGUGAGUCCUUUAGAAAACGAACAGCAAAUUUUGCUCUCUAGGUCAAAUAAAGUCCUAGAUAAUUGUCAGAUUGGGGGGAAAUCUGUGCCAAGAAUCACGAAAAGCUCACUUAAGAGUGUGUGCCAAAAUAAUGAUCCUGCUGAUGACAGUGAUAGUGAAAAUGUGGAGGGCAGGUGGAAAGGUCAUAGCAUCUCAAAACAGCAACGAAAGGCUCAUACGGUUCAGCCCAAGGACAAGUGCAAUAGCAAAAGAGACACCAAGAAAUUGGCAUUUGAGAUUCAGCCAGAACCAAAAGGGAAAGUUGAGCACGCUCUUAAAUUACUCAACGCUGAUUUAUCCACAGAAGAGCAUCUGCUUCUACCUCUCUCCAAGUCUGCAAGUCUCUCCAAGUGUGGAUUCGAUCCUUGUCUUCAGGAGACCAGAAGUGAUUUGAAUACGUGGCUUGAGAGCCCAUUGCCUCUGUCUGAAAGGCUGAAGCACAGAUUGAAGAGCAGUUGAGCACUUCCUGUUCCCUUCCCUCUGAUGUCUUCAUCUGGAAACAUCUCAAAUGUCUUGACAGGUUUUAAAUGUCCUCUAAAUUUAAUCAGUCCCAUAACUGUGAGUGGUAGAAGAUUGAAAGAAGUGUCUGAAGUGAAAUGACUGGCAAAUUAAAUUCUUCAUGCAACUUUUCUGUAGUGACUUGCUCUAAUUUUGACUAACAUACCUGCUGUGAGUUGGACUGAAGUUUUCCUAAAUAAUUUGAAUGGUUGCAUCAAUCAUACCACAAUAGCAUGUACUCAAAAAUAAAUACAUAAUAAUGUUCGGGUUGUUUUUUUUUGCAGAGUAUAAAAUAUGUAACAACUUGCUGAUCAAUGGCAGUGACAAAGCUACUGACAUUUUUACACAAACAGAUUGGUGUUACCGUAGUAUAUGUUUUUAUAUAAUUUUGCAGUAGAUUUUCAGGUCCAAAUUAAUGCUCUAGAUCCAGUCUUGGAGUCAAUCCUUACACGUGCAACACAGUUAAGUACCAAAAUUAUAAAGUGGCAAAAAAAAAGUCAAUUUAGAACUAUGCCUGUACGAUACCUUUAGAAUUAGAAAUCUAAUUUAUUGAAGAAGACUGCUACAAUCUAUAUUUUAUCUGCUCUUUGUUUUCUCCUUUGACCUAAUUUCUAACUUGGGAUCAUAUGGUCUUAGAAUCGAUGAUUUUCAUUUGUAACUGUAUAUAAUCCGUUUUUUUAAAUAGACUUUUUAAAAAAUGCAAUGCUUUUCAAUAGUAGUAGUUUAAAUGAAUUAAUUAGACACAAAUACUUUG